GUUUUUAUGUUACAGAAACCGGGCACAUUUAUUUCGACGUUACACCAGAUCUUGAUCUCGUUUCUACCUUGACAAAGAUAAAUGAACAAUUCUGUAAUAAAAUGGACCCAUCCCCUAAACCAAUACCCACAGCAUCAUCAGUAUCGAGUCCAAGCAAACCUGUAGACGCACAAAAUAUAGAUACGCAUGGAAUUAAGGAAAAAAAGACUAUGGCAAAAAAUAAUCAAAAUAAAGAAUUGAAAAAUUCAAAAACCUCAAAAAAUGAAACUUUACCUUCUGCACGAUUAUCUGAUUUAGGAGGAAUCGAUGCUUGUAUAGAAGAAGUUUUGGAAUUAGUAGCAAUGCCAUUGGCCCAUCCAGAAAUAUAUUUACACACUGGCGUUCAACCACCAAGGAUGUGGGAAAACAUUACUUGCAAACGCCAUUGCUGGGGGGUACAGUUUAUUAGCAUUUCUGCGCCAUCUGUAGUAUCUGGAAUGUCUGGAGAGUCUGAAAAGAAAAUUAGAGAUGUUUUUAAAGAAGCCAAGGUGAGCCUAGAAUCACCGUGUCUUAUUUUUAUUGAUGAAAUUGAUGCUAUCACUCCAAAAAGAGAAACAGCUCAACGGGAGAUGGAAAGACGAAUAGUCGCACAGCUGCUAACAUGCAUGGAUGAUUCACUUGAUCCGGCACUUCGUCGUGCCGGAAGAUUUGAUAGAGAAAUUAGUAUAGGAGUUCCAGACGAGCAAUCACGAGAAAAGUACGUUUCUCUAGUACAUUUAAUAAUUGCAUCAAAAUUAAAACUCUCUGGGGACUUUGACUAUAAAACACUUGCAAAAUUAACACCUGGGUAUGUAGGAGCUGAUCUAAAUGCAUUGACGGCUGCAGCUGGUGUUAUAGCUGUCAAGCGAAUAUUCACAAAAUUAAGUGAAAAUAACUGUGUCAUGGAUGAAGAUUUGUCUGCAAUGCACAUAGAUGGAAAGCAGCAAGAUUCUAUUGUAUCGGAUGGUUUAAGUACCCCAUUCGAAGAUCAAUCUCCUUCAGAUCAAUUGCGUUCAAUAUCCAUCUUUCUUAAAAAUCAUCCAGACCCACUUACGGAAGAGGAACUUGAACCUCUUAGUAUCACUAAUGAUGACUUUUUUCAGGCACUUUCAAAAGUUCAACCUUCAUCUAAGCGGGAGGGAUUUGCUACAGUACCUGAUGUUUCUUGGUCUGAUAUUGGUGCAUUAAGAUUUGUGAGAGAUGAAUUAAGAAUGGCAAUAGUUGAACCGAUUAAACAUCCAGAAUUAUUCAAAAGAGUUGGAAUAACAGCACCUUCUGGAGUUUUGUUAUGGGGACCACCUGGAUGUGGAAAGACGCUCUUGGCCAAGGCAGUGGCCAACGAGAUUUUUAAUCGCGCCAGGGCAUCAUCACCAUGCGUCAUAUUUUUUGAUGAACUUGACGCGCUUUGCGCACGACGUAACGAUUCACAGUCUGAAACUUCGGCGCGUAUCGUUAACACACUUUUGACUGAAUUAGAUGGGUUAGAAAAUCGAAAACAAGUUUAUAUUAUUGCAGCUACAAAUAGGCCAGGUAUAUAUCAGAGAUUUACUCUUUUAUAUGUAGGGUUACCUACAGCAUCUGAACGAUAUGAAAUCUUAAAAACUUUAACAAAACAGACCCCCUUAGGCGAUGACGUUUCAUUAGAAAAAAUUGCCGAAGAUGAAAGAUGCUCUAAUUUCAGUGGCGCGGAUUUGGCGUCCCUGAUCCGUGAAGCUGCAGUUGCAGCAUUACGAACUACUCUUUAUUCACAAAAUGAAAUCUCGGUAGAUGGUAUAAUAAAACCCGAGAGUGAACUUCACGUAACUUCAAUACAUUUUGAAAUGUCAUUUUCUAAAAUAUCACCAAGCGUGUCUAAGUUAGAUAAACUAAGAUAUGAUUCAUUGAAAAUAAAGUUUGGUUAUUCAUCUUGA